CACACUGGUCGCGUUUAUGCGGGGCACUUCGCAAAGUCAUUGAAUUCCCAAACAAUUAUUACGUGCAAAUAUGUCAGUUUCUGCAGUCAAGGGUGUAAACUGUUUACCAUCGCAUUGUUUGGUGAUUGGUUAGCCAACUGGACCAGUUACGGCCUAAAUAAAUAAAUAUCCGGCAGUCGGGGAGACCAAGGGCGAUUAUCAUCGCGAUUUUGUACGCCUGUAUGAGCGAGGUCACUUGCUCUUUCUUUCUCUGGCACAGCCUUCAGCGUUCAGCUGAGCAUCGGCAGACAAUUGACCGAGGAAACCAAUUGGCUGCAAUAUGUGCGAGUGGACGUCUGAAACUAUUGAGGGUCGCAGGAGCAGCAGACAGAAAGCGCGUCACUAGCACAGGAUCAGGAUCACUAGCAGAAGGAGCAGCAGUAGCAGCAGCAACAAGUCACUGCACGCCACAAGUUACUUUGGAAGGGCGCAUAUGUACAGAACCGAGACGCACACACGCAUAUACUAUACGCAUACGCAGACACACGCACAGCUAGAGGAAAGCAAUCACAUCACAUAACCACGGUGCAAUGAGUCCGUUCGGCUCCAAAAAGAACCGAUCGCUCGCGGUGCGGGUGAGCACCUUUGACUCGGAGCUGGAGUUCAAGCUGGAGCCACGGGCAUCGGGACAGGACCUGUUCGAUCUUGUGUGCCGCACCAUCGGGCUGCGCGAGUCCUGGUACUUUGGCCUGCAGUAUGUGGACACGCGCAGCAACGUCUCCUGGCUCAAGAUGGACAAGCGGGUGCGGGAUCAACGCGUCGACCUCCAGGCCAACAAUAACACUUAUGUGUUCAGCUUCUACGCCAAGUUCUUUCCGGAAAACGUCAGCGAGGAGCUGAUCCAGGAGAUCACACAGCACCUAUUCUUCCUGCAGGUCAAACAGAGCAUACUCUCCAUGGACAUCUACUGCCGUCCGGAGGCGUCCGUGCUGCUCGCCUCCUAUGCCGUGCACGUACAGUACGGCCCCUACGACUACGAGACCUACAAGGACGGCAUGCUGGCCGGCGGCGAGCUCCUGCCCAAGGGCGUUACAGACCAGUACCAGAUGACGCCCGAGAUGUGGGAGGAGCGCAUUAAAACAUGGUAUAUGGACCAUGAGCCAAUGACGCGAGACGAGGUGGAGAUGGAAUACUUGAAGAUAGCUCAGGAUCUAGACAUGUACGGAGUCAACUACUUUCCUAUAACAAACAAGAACAAAACCAAAUUGUGGCUUGGAGUCACCGCCGUGGGCCUGAACAUCUACGACGAGCAGAACAAGCUAACGCCAAAGACAACGUUCCAAUGGAAUGAGAUUCGGCAUGUCAGCUUCGAUGAUAAGAAGUUCACUAUUCGCCUGGUGGACGCCAAGGUCCAAAACUUUAUAUUCUACUCCCAGGAUCUGCACAUAAACAAAAUGAUUUUGGAUCUAUGUGAGGGCAACCACGACCUGUAUAUGAGACGUCGCAAGUCCGACACCAUGGAGAUCCAACAAAUGAAAGCCCAGGCCAAGGAGGAGAAGCAACGGCGCCACAUCGAGCGCAAGAAGUUCAUCAGGGAGAAAAAGUUGCGCGAGAAGGCGGAGCACGAGCGCUACGAACUGGAGAAGAGCCUGGAGCACUUGCAGAACGAGAUGCGCAUGGCCAACGAUGCGCUGCGCCGUUCGGAGGAAACCAAGGAGCUGUAUUUCGAAAAGAGCCGCGUUAACGAGGAGCAGAUGCAGCUCACGGAGUGCAAAGCCAAUCAUUUCAAGACGGAAAUGGACAGGCUGCGCGAGCGCCAAAUGAAGAUCGAGCGGGAGAAGCACGACCUGGAGAAGAAAAUCCGGGACGCCGACUUCUAUGUCCAUCAGCUGACGGUGGAGAACGAUAAGCGCGAAGCGGAGACGGAAAAGCUGCGCAAAGAACUCAUCUGCGCCAAGAUGGCCGAGCGAGAAGCCACCGCCCUCCUGCUCAACUUCCUCAACAGCGGACGAAAGUCCUCCACGGACAGUUUGCUGGCUGCUGCCAACGUCCAUGUCUCGCAGUCCAACAACGCAGCGUCUAGUUUGGCCGCAGUCAGUACACCAUCGUUGGCUACCAGCAGCUCCACCAAUGACAUAGAUACGGCCGGCGGGGCGGAGCUAACCACCCACUACCUGGCGCAGGGCGACAACUCGAGUGGCAUUUCUGAUGACUUUGAACCCAAGGAGUUCAUACUAACCGACAACGAGAUGGAGCAGAUCACCAAUGAAAUGGAGCGCAGCCAUCUCGAGUACCUGCGCAAGUCCAAGAAGCAGGUGCAGAACCAACUGCAGACCCUGCGCUCGGAGAUAGCUCCGCACAAGAUCGAGGAGAACCAGAGUAACCUGGACAUACUCAGCGAGGCGCAGCUCAAGGCUGGCGAGAACAAGUACUCGACCCUCAAGAAGCUCAAAUCCGGCUGCACCAAGGCGCGUGUAGCCUUCUUCGAGGAGCUGUGAUCCGUUGUCCUUGAGCUAUGCAUCCGCGAUUACCCCAUCUAGCCUUACGAUUGAUGUGUGUGCCUGAGCCUUUGUUUGUAUGAGUGCCUUAAUCAUAGACCUUAAUUACUAUUAUAAUAU